AGCUUCUGCGACUGGAGAAGGAAAUCGGUCGCCUCUCUGGUUUGGAAACAGAAUCAAAGCAGAAAGAUGCAGCCAUAAGAGAUCUGCAGGAUGAGAUUGCAGCGAUGGCAAAGACCCUGGCUCGGGCGGCGGCGAGGAACGAGGUAGAGCUGACCCAGAAGCUGCUCACCUUUGACCGAGAGCUUGGAGCCAAAACAGAGGAGAUCAAAGCCUUGAGGGAACAGAUCAGCCACCUGCAGAAAGGCUCGAGCCAGGUUUUCAGCCAUUCCCUCUCCGAAAGAGACCUGGAGAUUGGAAGGCUGCGGAAAGAAAGCGAGAAGUUGAAGAGGGACCACGCUUUGGCUGCAGGUCUGGUGACCAGCCUGCAAAGGGAGGUGGCUGGCAAGGAGCAGAAAAUCCAGCAGCUCAAGGAAGAUGUUGACAAAAUGAAGAAGGAAAACAGAGAAAAGGACAAUCAGCUAGCAGUCGUUUCUGCCAAGUGCUCUAGAAUUAAAGAGGAACUGAAGCAUGAACUCGGAGAGCGAGAAGUAACUGCGUGUCGAAACCGCAUCAGGCAGCUAGAGCGUGACCUGGAGGGGCUGCAGGGGGAAGUCCAGAAGUACUGCGCCGAGCAGGAGAGCAUCCGAAAACAGCUGGCUGAGAAAGCCAAGGCUGAGGAGGAGCUGAAGGAAGGCUGUGCCAGGCAAGCUCUGCAGCUGCAGGAGAUGGGGCGCAGGGAACGCCUGCUGAGAGCCGACGUGAGCCGGGCCAAGGAGCAGCUGGAGUCCUUCAAAACCCGAGUGAUGCGAGCCUGUUCUCCAGCAGCAGCAGCGGGUGUUGCAGGGAAAGCUGUAAUGGAGCAGCAGGUGAUAGAGAAGGUCAGGCAGAUCUCUGAUGAGAACCAACAAAGUCGAGAGAGAGAGAAGUGUCUGCAGGAGGAAUUGAGCUCCAGGCUCUCGAAGGAAAAGGAGGUUUCUGCCAACGUCGAGGUGUUCAGGAAAUCCCUGCAGGAGCUCCAGGCUUGCCUGCGGAGCUCCUGCAGCAGCGACAGCCUGCGAGGGGAGCUGGGGAGGCUGGAGGCGGCGUGCCUGGAUCCCUCCGUCUCGGCCAUGGCAGCAGCAGUGGUGGAAAUGGUGCACGUCCCCUUGUCCUGGCUGGAGGGUGCGGAGCGGCUCCUGGCCGGCGUGGGCAUGGACCCGUGCGCCUCCGGCAAAGGGCUGUUGGCUGCUCUCGAGAGCUUGUUGGAAAACCAUCAGGAAACCGCACAGAGGAAUCAGUUGCUACAGGCCCAAUUAGAGAGGGUCCAGGAGUCACAGGCAGCGUUGCUGCGGGAGCAUGUGAAGGAGCUGGAAGCGAAACACGAGCAAGACCUACAGAUAAAAAUUGAGCAAACGAUAUUGGAAAAGGACGAGGAGAACAAAGAGGCUCUGGAGAGCGCUGUCGCCAAGGAGGAGGAGAAGUGCAAGCAAGCUGUGGCGGAAGAGCAGAAGAAGGUCCGAGACUUGGAGAGCCAGCUGAGAAGCAUGACUGAGGCAAUAGCGAGGAAGUCAAAGGAGCAGGAGGUUGCAGACUGCAAGCUGAGAGAAGCUGUGCACAAGCUGGAGGAAGCCGCGAUGCGAGAGGUGGCAUUACAGCAGCGGGCGCUCACAGGAGAGGAACAGCUCAAGGCCAUUCAGGAGGAGAAUGAGCUCGAGAGGCAGAAACUGCAGGAAGCGAUAGUGGAAUAUAAAGAGCAAAGCAAGCAGCAUUCUCUGACAAUUGUGGCUUUAGAGGACAGGUUGCUGGAGGCCAAGCAGCAGCAGAAGACACUGGAGGAGGAAAACGCAGCGCUCCUGGAAAAAAUGGAAGGAUUUCGGGGUGAUGGCCGCAAGCCAGCAGCGGGAGCUUGGCUGGAGGUUUGUCCUGCCACAGGGUCGCACAGUUGUCUGAGGAAACUGAGGGAAGAGCUGGCAGUGGCGCAGAGCAUGCUUCUGUCCAAGGAGGCCGUCGUUGCCAGACUAACCAAAGAGCUAGCAGAAACCAGAGCCAGGAUGUCGGACAUGAGAGGAGAGCUGAGCGAGGAGCAGAAGGUGGAACUGGAGCAGAACCUGAGCCGGCUGGAAUGCCAAGAGCGGGAAGCGAACCUGCUCAGAGAGAAGCUCUCCCAGAUGUCAACCCUGGUGGAUAAGAAGGAUCGAGCCCUGAAAGCAGCAGCUGAAGAGUUAAGGCAAGCCCGAGCCCAGUGCCAGGAGCUGAAGGAUGCCUGCAGAGAAACGGUGGAAAAGUCGGAGGAUGCUCCUGGGACGCCAGUGCAAGCGGGCGAAGCCUUCCAGAGGGAGCCGGCGUGGGACUUGGCCGACCUCGGCGCAAAAUGCCGAGGCCUCAGGCAUGAGGAAACUAUCCGGCGCCAAAAAGAAGGCUUGGCCGAGCUCCGGGAGAGAAUAAAGUUGCUGGAGAAGGGGCAGUCCUCAGCUGCCACGAAGAAGGGUUCGGAGACGCUGGCGGUCCUGCUGAAAGACUUACCGGAGAAAAUAGUCCAGAAAACAGUUCUUGAGAAGGAACCUGCACCUGCGACGGGAACAAAAUGGAAGGCCGGCAAGGUUCCCGGCCAGGUUCCUAACGGGGUCUCGCACGGGGCCACUGGUGGGGUGGUGAGCUCAGAGAUGGCCGACGCGACAGACCUCGGCGAGAAGAUGUACCUUGACGUAAUUGGUGCUCUGGGAAGCCUGAUGAAGGUGAAGGAGCUGUCAGAAAUGCAGCCUCUGAAGCACCUGCCUCAGGAGGAGAGGGAAAAAGCGGGACUGCAGAGGCAGAAGGACCUGGAGCUGCUGUACAAUCAGAUCAGGAACCUCAAGAGUCGCCUGGAGAGAAAAGAAGAAAUGUUGAAAGAUUACGAGGCCAGCAUGGAGCAGCUCAGGCUGAGCCAAGCAUCCCUGCGAAGGUGCCAGGAGGAGAUGUCCAAACUAGAAGACGAAGUCGCCAGGGAGGCAGAAGAGAAGGCUCUGCUGAAAGAGGCUCUGGAGAGGACGCAGCUCCAGCUGAACCAGGAGAAGAGGCGGCUGCGAGCAGCCAAACUGCGCAAGCCUGGAGCCGAGAAGCCUCACUGCUCGGGAAAGCUGAAGGCCAAAGAGAGCACGGCAGAAGCUGUCACGACGGGAAGCGUGUAGGAGAGGCACCACGUGGGCCUUUGGUAGGCGAAGGUCCGCGGUGGGAAUGGGUCAUCACCCUGCGGACUCUGUAAUGUCAGACAUGGUACGAGGCACUGGGUGCGUUCCGAGGAGCCCCUGUUGGUAUCCCGCAUCUCCCAGGCACGCCGGCCUGACUGUGCGAUGCGUAGGACCUUAUUUUUCUGCAGCGCGUGUCCUGUACCGCAUGAUGAGGUGUACGGCAAUAGAAGAGGUUGUGUAGCUACA